CGUUACAGACGACAAUUUGUCAGAGACUGAGUAAGUAGUCCGUGCUUAACCUAUGGUACGCAAUAGGAGGGCUUUCGAGCUGAAGUCCUAGAGAAAAAUCUACUUCUGUGGUUAAUUAACCGAGGAGAAUAACACUAUUACUCACAAUACUGUUUUACAAUAUGCCACCGCAAAUGGAAUACCAAUGCGAGGAAAGACGGGUCCCACCGAUGAUCACAUCUCAUAGUCAAAAAGGUACAGUCAACCAUGAAAUUAAAUGCGUUCUAGUUGGGGAUGGUGCUGUAGGCAAGACCAGUCUAAUUGUCAGUUACACCACCAACGGAUACCCAACUGAAUACCAGCCAACUGCAUUUGACACUUUCUCUGCACUUGUUCAAGUUGAUGACACCCCAGUACGGAUUCAACUCUGUGAUACUGCUGGACAGGAGGAGUUUGAUCGCCUUCGUUCCCUCUGCUACCCUGGGACAGAUGUUUUCAUUGUGUGCUUCAGUGUUGUAAACCCUUCAUCGUUUCAAAACAUCAUAAAGAAAUGGAUUCCUGAAAUCCGAGCAUACAGCCCCUCCACUCCCAUCAUACUUGUUGGAACGCAGACAGAUCUCAGACACGAUGUCAACGUUCUAAUCAACCUGGACCAAAUUCGGGUUAAACCCGUCCAUGCCUCUCGAGCCCGGAGUCUAGUAGAGAAGAUCCGGGCACAGGACUAUGUGGAGUGUUCUGCCUUGACCCAGAAAAACUUGAAAGAAGUGUUUGACACAGCAAUCUUUGCUGCAAUAAAGCACAAAGCCCGGCAAGAAAAGAAACUCAAAAUGGACACACACAAGAUGAAAACCCUCUCCAAGGGUGGGUGGAAGAAAUUUUUCUGUUUUGUCUGAUCUCUUCCGAAAAAAUAAAAAGUCACUUUAACCUCUUAUUAACUUAUUGUGAAAUGGAUUGAGAGACUGACAUUUUAAUUUAGGAGAAUGUUGGUAGGUCAUCACCGCCAGGGCCUCUUGAAAGAUUCACAGACCAUUGUUUGCUGGGUUGGCAGUUGAAGAUCAACAAGAUUGGAUUACAUCCUUAAGCUGCAACACAAACACUUUGGUUUAUGUGGACAGAAAAAGUCUUUACUGAAACCAAACAGCUGUAAAUGACCAUUGCAAUUCUUAGUAUGAACCUCUUGUUGUUUUAUUGCUCUGCUGAUACAAGUGCACUUUAGGUCUUUGGAUCUCUGCAAUUUUCCCAAGUCUUGAUUCUUAGCAAGAGUAUUCACACAUGUUUGUAUAGAUUGAAUUCUAAUGGGAUGGGUAAUAAGUCAUUUAAAAUGUAUAGCUUUACAAAGUGCAUGACUAUAUUAAAGACUGGCGUUACAGGCCCAGGGAGAGAUUUUAGUUCGUUUGUUUGCUAACCAUAGUUUUUCAAGAUCCUUCUCAGCUUAGAGACCAACCGUUGGCCAAAGACAAUUUCCUUUUCAGACUAUUGUCAACUUGAAAGCUAAAACCAGUGAUAUAUAUUAUAAGACCAUAACAGUUAAUAGCUGUUAGAAUGUAAAUAAGCAUUAUUGCUUCUAGUGGAAGCUUUUAUUUUUAAUUGUUUUUUUUUUUUUUGUGGUGUUACAAACAACUGCAGUGACUAAUUGAAAUGCAUUGUUAAUGCAACUUUUGAUUAAUUUUUCAUAUUCCCAGGUUCAUUGCCGUCCCGUCCCCCCCUUAACCUCCCCCCCCACCCCCA